AUGGAAUUUAUAUCUGCCAUAGAAGAUGCUUUAUUACGUGGAGAAUGGACUCAAGCACUCAAUGACAGCCGUAGUCUGCUCACAGCGCGUAUUGUAGAGCUUCCGGAAGAAUCAAGUAACUUGGCUAUUACGAUGACAACACAAGAGGAACAAGUGCUGUCUGUGUAUCUUCAAGCAGUAUUUGAAUUAGCACUAGAUGAUGAAGUGGAGACGGCAAUGAUCAUGGCAAAGGCUUUUUCACCUUUGCCUAGUCAUAUUGCAAUUCAUUAUUGCAACUUUCUAAUUGCAAUGAACCGUCGACUGAUGGCCAAGCAAGUGUUACAAGACUUGCUCGAGUCUUUGACUAGAAACCGAGACGUGAACUCUAGUGUUAAACAAUACGUGAAAGCUGUUGAGAUAAUGGCGUUGCAAGUAAUGCUGCCUCAUGAGGGAAUUGAAGCUGCGCAGCAGUUUGUGACGAGCGACAAUGUGCUGAACGAUGAAGUCAAGUUGCAAUUACUUUGUCAGAUCCAAACGAUGCACUUGGCUACUCAGGAAGCUAACGAAGACAGUCUGGAGACUUUGUCAGUGAAUCAGACCGACACAACUGCAAGCAGUAAAUUACAGACGACGGAUGUGACAUCUCAGUCGAUGUCAACUCCAUAUACUCGUAUGCAGCCGUCUGCCACCAAGAUAGAUGACGACUCGAGUACCUACGUGAUCAUCGGUGGUACAGCUGUGGUCUUGGCUGUCGCAGCGGCAGGUGCAUUGCGCUACCGUGAGAAAAUUCACGAUUGUAUUUCCAAUGUUAUUCCUGCUAUCUCAAAAGGUAUUGCAGAUGCAAAAUACGCAUUGUUUGAAGCUUGA